AUGUGUGGCGGUGCUAUUUUAGCUGACUUCAUCCCUCGUAAUCGAGACCACCGCGGGGCAGCUUCUGAGUUCUGGCCUAACUCAUCCUUCAACAAACUCGGUCCCUUUGAGUCCUAUCCGAGCCCACUCUGCAACCAGGAGUCAUUCACUCCCAAACGACCCCGACCACAACCCCAACCCAGCUCAGGAGAUCAUGAGCAAGCGGAGAAGCCCAAUGCCAAGAGGCAGAGGAAGAAUCUAUACAGAGGCAUAAGGCAACGACCUUGGGGUAAAUGGGCAGCUGAGAUUCGUGACCCAAGAAAAGGAGUCCGUGUUUGGCUCGGUACCUUCAACACUGCCGAGGAAGCAGCUCGAGCCUACGACAGAGAGGCUCGCAAAAUUCGCGGCAAGAAAGCCAAAGUUAAUUUUCCUAACGAAAAUGACCAUCACUACACCAUUUUCCAAAAUUCGAACACCAAGCCUCCUCUGUACCAAACUCCCACUUGUCAUUUCUCAAAUGGUUAUGAUUUUGGGAACGGUUAUAAUGUAAACCAGAUCGAAACCUACCCUUCAAAUGGUUUUAUUAGCGAACCAAUUGUUGCUUCUGGGGAGGAUGAUUCUGGGUCCGGUUCAGAGGAGGUAACAGGAUUGGUGGGCUGUAAUCAGAAUGUGGAGAUUAAUGAUUAUAUGGGUCGAGUGAAGGUGGAAGUGGAAGAAGAGGAGAAGUUGAACAAUGAGGAGGUGGUGGUGGUGGAUUUCGAAACUGGAGAGGAAGAAAAUGAGUUCCAGCUGCUGACUGAGGAGUUAAUGGCGUAUGAGAAUUUCAUGAAGUUUUAUCAGAUUCCCUAUCUGGAUGGGCAAUCAACGGCACCAAAUUGUACUACCCAGGAAAGCCUUGUGGGUAACCUUUGGAACUUUGAUGACGAUGGUGUUGCUGCCCCUGCUUUGGCACCUCUUAGAAAACUGGGGUCAAAAGUGUCAAGCGGAGAGGUUGAGAUUGGAGAUGUUAAACGCGGCAAAGUGGUCGUUGGCAUGUUGUGGACAACAAGUGGGGUUGGCAACUUGGAAGCUAAGGUGACAGAACGCAGUACAUACUGUCAUGCAAAUGUGCUCUUUGCUGCGCAAAAUGCCCACGUGUGGACCAUGAAUACUGUUGUACGGUGGACGUGGACCCAUGGGACAACUUUUGCACGCGGUAAAAACUCGGUGACAUAG